UAAGAGCCCUAGAAGCCACGACAGUUCUCAGACAGGUCGGUGAAAGUCUCCGGUGCAGAAUACCUCGUACCAUGAUCUCCGUCUACUCGGUCGUGGUCACUCUGGUGCUGUUCUCUGAGCUGGGCAGCCGCCUGGUCACCGUGGCCAUGCCGUCCACCAAAGCGGACGACGGCGCGGCGGAGCAGGACAGCGUGGACUCCAUACUGGCCGACGUGCCCGUGAGCGAGCUCGCCGCCGUGCCGCAGGUGUACAGGAGGACCCUCGCCCUGGACACCAACGGGAGGGACGACGGGACCCCGAAGAUCGUCGUCCUACUGUCGGAUCCGAGGCUGAAAGGGCAAAGCGUUCGCGGGCUGAGUUCUGCCCUCGCCCGGAACCAUCCUCUGCUCACAGACCGAAGCUUGAGCAGUCCGGGAGUGUCCAGUUUGAAAGUAGAUCGAAGAGAUACCGACCUUGACAUGCUGCGAUGUAUGAUAGGAAGAGUCUACCGGCCCUGUUGGGAAGCAUAAACUGUCCCGUAUGAUGAUGCUGCUGGCUCAAGAAUAUGCUGUUAAAGUUUUUUUCCUUAUGUGUUACACUGAAAUGCAUUUCCACGUAGAAAAUAAGUGUGGAAAGACAUGUUAAAUAAAAAUAAAGGUUUAUUAACAAUUAAGAAUACAGUACAGCUAUACAUCUUCAUUUAAAAGUCCAACUUUACAGCUAGUGAUGGUUUGUGUCUGGAAGUCCAGUAGGAAUAAAGUGCAGUGACAAAACACUCGAUAUAUUCUGGUUGCAGACUAUUACACCUUUUCCCUGUUGACAUAAAAUUGCCAUUUUACCUUGGGAUGCCAGCGCUGGUUUAGCUCAAAGAAUUAAAAAGGGUGCAUUCAAUUUCCAUAAUUUUAAAGAAAAAAAAGUCAUUUAGAAGUCAUAAAAUUUAAAGAACUAAUUCACUCUCUUGCUCAAGAGCUACGUGUAACUUAGCUAAUGAUUGGCUAGCGGUUACCACACAUGCAGUUUUGAAAAAAAAAGUGUAUUUUCCCAAAGGAAGGAAAUAUGUAUUAUCAUACAUUAGGUAAAUAAUACAUAAAAUCGUGGUAGAAAAAAAAAAAAGUUAAACAUGAAGCUAGGCUAGCAACGAGUCAGCUAGCUACACAGCGCCAUUAGCAUUUUUCCUGAAUAAGGGGACAAUACCCAACUAAAAGUUAGAAUAAAACUAGAAAAAAAAACAAGAAAAAAAACAGC